UGUUAAAAAUUUGGGUUGCUUGAUGAUGCUUAGCCAUGCCAUUUGCAUGCUAGUUUCUGUGGAGCUUCCAGUGUGUUUUUUUACCUUACAAGGAAAAAAAUGAAGAUACUUGAGAUUUAUUUGCUUACUCUUCUCCUUCCUUUGUGUUACAGACCACUCCCCUUCUCCCUGGGGAAAAAAGAGAGAAAACGGGGAAUGGGAAGUGGACAAAAGUUGACAAAAUUUAAAUUUUUAACCAUUAAAAGUGCUCUGAGAAGGAUAUUGUUGCUAUAAACGUUCUUUCAAUUAUUUUUUGGGUUAAAUGGACUGCAGAAUAGUAAUCGGUCCAUUGUUUGCAGGGGGGUUACGGGAAAUUUUAACAGAUCAAAAUAAGCUGGUUGUAGCUGUCGGAGGCGUGACGGCUCUUGCAGCAGGGGUCUACACAACAAGAGAAGGUGCAAGGGUGAUUUGGAGUUAUGUGGACCGAAUAUUAGGACAACCAUCUCUGAUCAGGGAGUCUUCCAGGGGGAAAUACCCAUGGUCAGGCUUGUUUUCACGCGCCAUGAGUAAUAGAAGUUCUGGCACCCAACGCGCAAAUGGUUUUGGUGAUGUUAUUUUACACCCUUCUCUUCAAAAACGUAUCGAACAGUUGGCUAAUGCAACUGCAAAUACAAAAGCUCAUCAAGCACCAUUUAGAAACAUGCUUUUCUACGGGCCUCCAGGAACAGGGAAAACAAUGGCUGCUAGAGAGCUUGCACGCAAAUCUGGGCUUGACUAUGCAUUAAUGACUGGAGGUGAUGUAGCACCACUGGGCUCUCAGGCUGUUACAAAGAUACAUCAACUAUUUGAUUGGGCAAAAAAGUCGAACAAGGGUUUGUUGCUUUUCAUCGAUGAAGCAGAUGCAUUUUUGUGCGAGAGGAAUAAAACCUAUAUGAGUGAAGCUCAAAGGAGCGCACUCAAUGCACUCCUAUUUCGGACAGGUGACCAGUCCAAAGAUAUCGUUCUAGCUCUUGCAACAAAUCGCCCAGGUGAUCUUGAUUCAGCCGUGGCAGACCGUAUUGAUGAGGUCCUGGAAUUCCCUUUGCCUGGCGAAGCCGAACGCUUCAAAUUACUGAAACUAUAUCUGGACAAGUAUAUAGCUCGAGCUGGGGCUAGAAAACCGGGCUUGUUUUCUUCUUUGUUUCAAAAAGAUCAAAAGAAGAUUGAGAUCGUUGGCAUAAACGAUGAUAUUCUCAAGGAAUCUGCAGCAAAAACUGAGGGGUUUUCAGGAAGAGAGAUAGCGAAGCUGAUGGCAAGCGUUCAAGCAGCUGUUUACGGGAGCAAGAACUGCAUAUUGGAUCCAAAUUUGUUUCGAGAAGUGGUGGAUUAUAAAGUUGCAGAGCAUCAACAGAGAAGGAAACUCGCCGCGGGUGAAGGAGAAGGUGAUGUGAAGUAAGAUUUCAUCCGGGAUGGAUUCAAAAUGAACAAUCAAACGAAUAUCUAUAGUUUUCGGGUAACGUAAUCAUUUUUUCCCUUGCGAAAGUGGAGGAGUUUUGGUAAUUCUUUUAGCUUAGAUUAGAAUCCAUGUUAUCGAUAAUCACCAGCAUAUUUCAGUUGAUCAUUUUGGUUUGGUUUGAUUUGAUUUGGUAUAAUAUCAGUAUUUUAUGUAGUUACGUAAAAUUUAAUGACAUUAUUCUUGCAUU